UGCCGCCGACCAGAGCGGCAGCCGCUGCCGGGGAGCGGAGUGGGUGCGACGCCGAGUUGCCGGAGCCCCUCUCCUCCUCUUCCUCCUCCUGCCCCGUGCCCCGCAGCAUGGCCCGGCGAGAAGUGGCGGCCGCUCCUGGCCUCUGCCUCCUGUUCCUGGUGCUGCUCGCUCCCCCCGCCGCCGCGCAGCCCCCUCCGCCGCCGCCGCAGCGCGGGAGCGUGUGGUGCCCCAGCCGCUGCCUCUGCUUCCGCACCACGGUGCGCUGCAUGCAUCUGAUGUUGGAGAGCGUCCCCGCUGUGUCCCCCCAAACGACCAUCCUAGACCUAAGAUUUAAUAGGAUUAAAGAAAUCCAGCCUGGAGAGUUUAGACGGCUUAAGAACCUGAACACACUACUUCUAAACAACAAUCAAAUAAAAAGAAUACCUAGUGGGGCAUUUGAAGACCUUGAAAAUCUGAAAUAUCUCUAUUUGUACAAGAAUGAAAUCCAGUCAAUUGACAGGCAAGCAUUUAAAGGACUUGCCUCUCUAGAACAACUGUAUCUGCACUUUAAUCAAAUAGAAACGUUGGAACCCGAAUCCUUUACCCAUCUUCCAAAACUUGAAAGGCUAUUUUUGCAUAACAACAGAAUAGCUCAUUUGAUUCCUGGAACAUUUAGUCAAUUAGAAUCUAUGAAGAGACUGCGUUUGGAUUCAAAUGCUCUUCACUGUGACUGUGAAAUCCUGUGGCUGGCGGAGCUGUUAAAGACGUAUGCAGAGUCGGGUAAUGCUCAAGCAGCAGCUACCUGUGAGUAUCCACGAAGAAUCCAGGGAAGAUCAGUGGCCACAAUUACACCAGAAGAACUUAACUGUGAGAGGCCAAGAAUUACAUCAGAGCCUCAGGAUGUGGAUGUUACCUCAGGGAAUACAGUGUAUUUCACUUGCAGAGCUGAAGGCAAUCCUAAACCAGAAAUUAUCUGGCUUCGAAACAAUAAUGAGCUCAGUAUGAAAGAAGAUUCCCGUCUAAACUUGCUAGAUGAUGGUACGUUAAUGAUUCAGAAUACUAAAGAAACAGACCAAGGCAUUUACCAGUGCAUGGCAAAAAAUGUGGCUGGAGAAGUGAAAACUCAGGAAGUUACUCUUCGAUACUUUGAGUCACCAGCCAGGCCAAGUUUUGUGAUUCACCCUCAAAACACUGAAGUGCUGGUUGGAGAGAGCGUUACCUUGGAGUGCAGUGCAACCGGGCACCCUCAGCCACGAAUUACCUGGACCAAAGCAGACAGAACCCCUUUGCCAGUUGACCCUCGCAUCACCAUCACCCCAUCAGGAGGACUUUACAUACAAAAUGUGAAGCAGGAGGACAGCGGCGAGUACACCUGUUUUGCAACAAACAGCAUAGAUAAUAUCCAUGCAACUGCAUACAUCAUAGUCCAAGCUCUACCUAAGUUUACUGUCACUCCACAAGACAAAACAGUGAUUGAGGGACAGACUGUUGACUUCCCUUGUGAAGCACAAGGCUAUCCCCAGCCUGUUAUUGCCUGGACUAAAGGAGGAGGCCAGUUGUCUGUUGACAGAAGACACUUAGUCCUAUCCUCUGGAACCCUAAGGAUUUCCAGGGUUGCUCUGCAUGACCAGGGACAGUAUGAAUGCCAAGCUGUUAACAUUAUUGGGUCUCAACGAAUUGUCGUAUACCUGACUGUACAGCCUAGAGUGACGCCUGUAUUUGCCAGCAUUCCCAGUGACAUGACAGUGGAGGUUGGCACAAAUGUGCAGAUCCCGUGCAGUGCUCAAGGAGAGCCAGAGCCAGUAAUUACAUGGAAUAAGGAUGGAGUGCAGGUAACUGAGAGUGGCAAAUUUCAUGUUAGUCCAGAGGGAUUUCUUACCAUUCGUGAUGUUGGAACAGCUGAUGAAGGUCGAUAUGAAUGUGUUGCCCGGAAUACCAUAGGAUACUCCUCUGUUAGUAUGGUGCUUACUGUUAAUGUCCCUAAUGUCAGCCGAAAUGGAGAUCCUUUUGUGCAGACAUCGAUUGUGGAAGCAAUUGCAACUGUUGACAGAGCAAUAAAUUCAACACGUACACAUCUGUUUGACAGUCGUCCUCGUUCUCCAAAUGAUUUGUUGGCCCUAUUUCGAUACCCAAGGGAUCCAUACACUGUUGAGCAAGCAAGAGCUGGGGAAAUAUUUGAAAGGACAUUGCAGCUUAUUCAAGAUCAUGUACAAGAUGGUCUAAUGGUUGACUUGAAUGGAACAAGUUAUCACUAUAAUGAUCUUGUAUCCCCACAGUACUUGAGUCUGAUAGCUAAUCUCUCAGGAUGUACAGCCCAUCGACGAGUGAACAACUGCUCAGAUAUGUGCUUCCACCAGAAGUACAGGACACAUGAUGGAACAUGCAACAACCUUCAGCAUCCCAUGUGGGGUGCUUCUUUGACAGCCUUUGAACGUCUGUUAAAGUCAGUCUACGAAAAUGGAUUUAAUUUGCCUCGGGGAAUUGAACCCAGGAGGCUCUCUAAUGGCUACCCACUCCCAAUGCCUCGCUUGGUUUCAACUACUCUGAUUGGAACAGAAACAAUAACUCCUGAUGACCAGUACACUCACAUGCUUAUGCAGUGGGGUCAGUUUCUUGACCAUGAUCUUGACCUCACCGUGGCUGCCCUAAGUGAGGCCAGGUUUUCAGAUGGUCAGCACUGCAGUUCAGUUUGUACAAAUGAUCCUCCAUGCUUUUCAAUCAUGAUACCACCAAAUGAUCCCAGAGUUCGAAACGGUGCACGCUGCAUGUUUUUUGUACGCUCCAGUCCAGUUUGUGGAAGUGGCAUGACAUCUCUCCUGAUGAAUUCUGUGUAUCCACGGGAACAGAUCAACCAGCUAACUUCGUACAUAGAUGCAUCCAAUGUGUAUGGCAGUUCGGAUCAUGAAGCACUAGAAAUCAGAGAUUUGGCGAGUCAAAGGGGUCUUCUGAGACAGGGCAUUGUACAGAGAUCUGGAAAGUCCCUUCUUCCAUUUGCCACUGGCCCACCAACUGAAUGUAUGAGAGAUGAAAAUGAGAGCCCAAUUCCCUGCUUUUUAGCUGGUGAUCAGCGUUCUAACGAACAGCUGGGUCUUACCAGCAUUCACACGUUGUGGUUUAGAGAACACAACAGAAUUGCCACAGAGCUACUGAAACUCAAUCCACACUGGGAUGGUGACACAAUAUAUCAUGAAACACGCAAAAUUGUUGGUGCAGAAAUGCAACACAUAACAUUUAGCCACUGGCUACCUAAGAUCUUUGGAGAGGUAGGCAUGAAGAUGCUUGGCGAAUAUAAGGGUUAUGAUCCCAGUGUUAAUUCUGGCAUAACUAAUGAGUUUGCAACUGCCGCUUUUAGGUUUGGUCACACACUCAUUAAUCCUUUUCUGUAUCGACUGGAUGAAAACUUUGAACCUAUUCCACAAGGCCAUCUACCUCUUCAUAAGGCAUUCUUCUCUCCAUUUCGGAUUGUAAAUGAAGGAGGCAUUGAUCCACUUCUAAGGGGAUUGUUUGGUGUUGCUGGUAAGAUGCGUGUCCCAUCACAAUUACUCAAUACAGAAUUAACAGAAAGACUCUUCUCCAUGGCACGUACUGUGGCUUUAGAUCUGGCAGCUAUGAAUAUUCAGAGAGGCAGAGAUCAUGGAAUUCCUCCCUACCAUGAUUUUAGAGUUUACUGUAAUCUUUCUUCAGCUCAGACUUUUGAAGAUCUGAAAAAUGAAAUUAAGAAUCCUGAAAUCAGGGAGAAACUUAGCAGGUUGUAUGGUUCCCCAUUGAACAUAGAUCUAUUUCCAGCUCUAAUGGUAGAAGACUUAAUUCCAGGGAGCCGACUAGGGCCAACUUUGAUGUGUCUGUUAAGCAUACAAUUUAGACGUAUUCGAAAUGGAGACAGGUUAUGGUAUGAGAACCCAGGUGUGUUUACACCUGCUCAGCUCACUCAGAUCAAGCAGACAUCUCUUGCCAGAGUUUUGUGUGACAAUGGAGACAACAUAACCAGGGUACAACAUGAUGUCUUUAAGGUGGCUGAAUUCCCACAUGGAUAUAGUAGCUGUGAAGAUAUUCCUAAACUGGACCUCAGGAUGUGGCAAGACUGCUGCGAAGACUGUAGAACUAGAGGACAGUUUAAUGCAUUUUCAUAUCACUUUCGGGGAAGACGUUCUCUUGAUUACAGCUUUCAAGAGGACAAGCCCUUGAAGAAAAUGAAAAUGUCCAAAACAGUAAGUUCUGUGAAACAGAGUAAAUAUUUUCGUAAUGCCACAUCAGCAUCUAAUGAAAAUACAAACAUGCCCGCAGUGAAUGACUUCAAAGAAUUUGUUUUGGAAAUGCAAAAAACUAUUUCAAGCCUCAGAAACCAGAUAAAAAAACUUGAAUCACACCUCAGUAAAACUGAUUGCACUGAUGAAAAGGGUAAAUCAUAUUCCAGCAAUGAAACCUGGAAAAGGGACCCUUGCACUGUGUGUGAAUGCAAAGCUGGUCAGAUAACCUGCUUUGUAGAAUCAUGCCCACCAACUGACUGCGAAGCACCUGUGAAGGUUGAAGGAGAUUGCUGUCCAGUCUGCUUAGAACAAAAUAUUAAUAAAAAGAAACCAUAAGUCUGCUUUUUAAGAAUUUAGGGUGCAUACUCCUCAAAUCAUAUCAAUGCCUGCUGAUGGCAAAAACAGGUAACUACAGUCUUAACAACAGCAAGAAAUCAAGAUUUACGAUAUUCUAAUGGUGCUGUAACAGUGUAACAUAAUAUAUCAUUUUCUUUUCUGCCCAUGAAGGUAAUCACAAUGCAAAAAUUAACAAAAGGGAAAUGAGCAAACAGGUCAAAGUUAAUUGUGUGUUAAACUUCUCAGGUCAGACAAACUGGUGCUACUUUAAAAGAACACUGUCAGGUAGUUUUACAUACCCAAAAUGGCUGGGUUUAAGACUAACUCUAAAACGGACACU